AAAGGACACAAACGGGAACCUGGAAACCACUGAGAAGGCACCCUGUCCCAGGCUCUCCUCAGGUUGCUUGCUUAGCCUUUCACUACCAUCUCAGGGAGGCCGAGGGAGCGAACCCGAGAGUCAGGAGAUCGCAAGCUUCAUCAGAAUGCCUCUGCGUUUCCCAGGCCUGUGGUAAUCAUGCAGAGAAUUCUGCACCGGAUUUUAACUUUCUUUCGGAGGAGGGCUGAAUCUGAAAGACCUCUCAAGAAUCGAGAUAACCCCAAGCUGAAGUCUCUCCAGGGAAUUGUGACCCAUCUCUGUACCAAUUAUGGCUGGAUUAAUGAGACUGUCUUUUUCAAUACUGGAGUGGUGUGUGGAAAUGUUCCAGUGAAUGUUGGGAUGAGUGUCAUUGCUCUCGUGGAAGAAGAUCAAACAACUCAUGCACUAAAAACCAUCAAAGUGAAAGCUAUGUCUGAUCCUAUAUAUGGCAUUGAACCAUCAGAAUUUGACAAGAGACUUUGCAUUAAGUGCGUGACUUAUGCAACACCGGACAGCAUCUAUAUCAGCAAGGAAACUUUUUUCCCAAUGCAACUUCUUUCUGGAGGAUUUUUGCCUUUUAAAGGAGAUUUGUUGCUGGUUGAAUAUUCCUUGAUGCCCGGUACUUCAAACAUCACUAUCCACACUGUGAGCCCCCUGAACUUGCAGAAUAUGGAUGAGGUCUGUGUGACCAGCAUUGAAGGUAGAACUGGUGUGGUGGAAUCCAACAUCUAUUUCACCUUGGAUUCUCUCCAGAAGCCUACUGAGUAUACACCAGGGCUCUAUGACAUUGUGAAUGUGGUCGCCGUGGACAGCAUUCAGCCACACUGUUCUUGGAGAGCAGUAUCAAUGAUCCCAGUGGAAACGUGUGUUGACUAAGCCUUGUAAUCAGUUCUCAUUUCCAAUGUUCUGGUUUAAUAAAGUAAUAUGAGCAUGGAAACCAAA